CAACUCGAAUAGAGAUGACUUGACGCUGGAACGACGUAUUGAAGCUUGCCAUAAUCCAGUAGGCGGCAAUGGGGAGCGAAGAGGUGCCGCCGCUCUUCGCGAUGGCUGUACGCUACCGCGCCGGGGACGACGUCAAGACGCCGUUCGGUCCUGGACGAGUGCGCGGCUGCAGCGACCGUAAGACGCACGUGGAGGUGGCGCUGACGAGUGGCGCCGUGCUGUACGCGAGGGUAUGGUUCCCCAUCUCGAAACUUACUCCUUUGGCUUUACAGUACGCUCAACUCUCUGAUUCUCUGGUUUAGAGGGGCUGUCUGGUGCCAGAGCUGCGCAUGCUGCAGUGUGGAGAGAUCCCAAGACACACGAGAGUGAUUGUCAUGGCAGCAAAGGAGCCGCUGGAGGGCGUCGUGCUCAACUACAUAGUGCCAGACCAGAAAUACGAGGUGCGGAUUGGAGACACAGAGGCUGAGGACAAGGAUGCAGUUCAGGAGCACAUGAAGUUGCUACCGAAAGAGGAGCUUCGACUGGCCAACGAGACCCGCAUCCGGACGAGUUUCGGGUUGGGAACCGUCACAGACUACAGAAACUCAAACGAUUCCUAUGCGGUGCAGUUGGACUGUGGCAGUAUUGGCUAUUUCCAAACCAAGGACGUCUCAUGUGUCGACCUGAGACUCCUAGCCAAGGUCCCCAAACCUUUGUCUGCUGAGAGGAUUUAUGAAGAAUUCCAGGGACGGAUCACAAGGGACGACGCGAAGGUUUUGAGUCAAAGAGCAAAGCAGACGUAUCACCUGCUUCAGGUUUUCUGCGAACAACACGCCGAGGCCAUUUCAUUCAUCUCCACUAACGCAUCUUACGGGGAUCAGUACACUAGAGCGUUGGCUUCGUUGCUUGACCCCAGCUUUUCAGAUGCCACGAAGCGCUUAAAGGAUGCCGGUGGGAAGGAGUUAAAACGCUUGAAGGAGCUGGCAACGUCUGCGAAGUCGAUGCUGGAGAGCGAUCUGCUCGAAGGGAAGGACUCUGCUGCUUUCUUUGCAAAGGCAGCGAAUGUCCUGAGCCAGUUGAAGAAUAGCGAGGAGGUCAAGAACCUCCAGUCGAGUCUUCGUGAGAAGGCCAAUGCUGAGUUAUCUUCAGCACGGCAGAGACUCCUUUAUCGGGGUAGCGAGUCGCAGCAGGCGACGUCGUCGCAAGAGGAGAAGAAGAUCGUUCUGUCGGAGGUUUUACAGGUACUAGAGAGCAAAAUGAACGCAGAAAAGCCUCGUUUGGAGGCUCUGAAGGCGUCUUUGGAGCACCAGACGUUGCAGUCAGAAGUCCUGGCGAAGAUGCAGCAGCACGAGAGCGACUUGCUGAAGGCUCAGGAGACUAUUGCUCGUCUUGAACAAAUGGCGAGCAGGAAAUUGGGCGUGAACUCGAUAACCGACUUGGAUCCAAGCGCGUUGGCACAAAAAGCUGAGGAAUUGCUACCCAAACUGUCGUCAAAUGCCGAAGUUUUGGUCCAUGCAUCGGAGAAAUACUGGCUGCAGAUGCAGCAGACAACACAUGGCCAGACACUGAUGAAAAAGGCCAAGGCUUUAGUGCAGUCAGUCGAAAACCCAGGCGAAUUCUGCGAUAAUGUGACGAAGGCAAUCGCUGAAGUCAAGCUGGACAAACUGGCAGAGUGGGGGAGCACCAUGUCGAAGAACCGCGAGAAACGCCAGGAAUUUGUGGACCGGAUGAAAGAUCACUGCUUGGAUUUCUUGACGUCCGUGCUGCCAACCUUAAAGAUUGACACCAUCUCGGGUGUAGAAGACGACGUCGCGUACUCGAUUUCCAACUUGGAUUUGUCGAAUUUCCGUGUCAAGAAGGAGCGAGUUAAAGUGCGAAUGGGGACUGUAGUGGACGAGGAACUGUUCAUGGUUAGAGCGACGCAUCUGACGGCUCUACUCAAGGGAUUUGACUGGACUUUCGAGCAGAAAUAUUUCCCUUAUUUGCAUGGCGGCGGCGUCGCGGAUGCUGCGCUAAGUGGUGGAGUCAUUUCUCUUGGCUUUAAAGCCGAAAAGAAAGUUGUGAACCAGGAGACGGGAGAGUUCAAGCCUGUGUUGGUGCUGAACUCGAUGACGAUUGAAAUUCGACAAGAGCUUAAGCUCACUGUGCAAGGCAGUUGGUUUAGCGCAGUCUACAAUAUGCUAACGUCGCUGUUUGCUGAGCUGAUUCGUGAAUAUCUGGCCAAGACGAUGGAAACGAAGCUGCUCAAGCAUAUGAUCAAGCUCCUUAGUACACUGAACAAGCAAAUGGACGAGUAUUGGCCGCUGAUCUUCCAGCUACUCGACAUCCGAAUGGAAGAUUUGCCCACUGCAAGCCCGUGGCGUGGCGCAAAGGAGGUGGAAAUCCAGCCGCAAGAGCUGGAAUGCACUUUUACAGAGCGGGGCUCUAUUCCUUUUACGUUCACAAAGGGUGUACUGAACAAAUACGUGGUCGUAUCGCGCAUUCUCGACGUCGACGCGUCAUCUUCCAACCAGAACGAGUCGGACGACCAUCAUGAUUUCCACUUGAAGGACGAUUUAAAGCGCGUUCCCGUGGGCAGCAGCGUCUUGGCAGUCAAUGGUUUAUGCUGCAGUAAGUUGACAGUGGAGGAGCUGAGAGGACUACUGGAAACACUUCCUCUCCCAUUCACAAUGCGCUUUUCGUUACUUCCAGAAGAUCCUGCCAAGAACCGACGCCAGCAGUUGAGGCCUCAGCCUGAGCUUACAACGUUUACGUUCCGUCAAGACGGUCCUUUUGGCUUACGACUGCGAGCUCGUCCUCUGGCCUCUUGUGGCGUAAUAGUGGUGGGUUUCACUGCGUUAAAGGAUGGUAAAAAGUGUCCAGCGGAACUCAGUGGCAAGAUUCGAGUGGGACAACUCCUGACGAAGGUUAACAAUGAAGAUCUGCGCUUCAAGACGUUAGCAGAAGUGUUGGCUGUUCUUCGCGACUUGAAGAGUCGUCCAGUGACGAUGCAGUUCGCCUCGAGUCCCGAUGCCAUCAUAAAGCUGCGGGACUGGCCUCCUAUGAUCGAAUUGGAGGACGCAUCUUCCUUUGCGUGCGACGAAGAUGACCCGCCGUCCACUGGCAGGAAAUACGUGGUGUUGUCAGCGUUCGCACGUGUCCCGUCCUACGCUCAGCGGACUCAUGUAGUGGAGAAAGGUGACGUACUGCUGCGAGUGAAUGAUAUCCCGCUUACUGGUCCAGACUACGCCAAUUUCGCUAAUAUUAUGGAGACCCUGCGUGAUAUUGCCAACAAAAAGGAACCGAUGCGAGCGGUAUUUGUGAGUCGAGAGCAGUAUAUUGCUAUACGUACAAAGCUCCAGCGACGUCUACUGGGCAGUAAAAGUGACGAAAACUCUGUCAAAAAUGAUGAUAAAGAGGAGGAGCGAGCUGAUUCUAAGAGAGACAGCGAGGAUAUAGAUCAAGCUACUGCUAUGGUUGGUGAUGACGUUGUGGACAUCCUGUCAGCGAUUCCAACGAAGGAAAUAAUUUUUCCGAAGGCCCCACUGGGAAUUUUGUUUGGCAACUGGAAGGACGAAGCGAUUUUCAUUCGAGCGUUUAUCUCCAGCCCGGGACCGGCAGAGAGAACUGGUCUGCUUCGUCCCGGACACGCGAUACUUCAAGUGUGCGGCCAUGCCGUUCCGCGUGAGGCAACACCAGGUGUCAUCGAGGAGAUGAUCAUGAAAGUGACCAUGGAGACGAAGAUGCAGGGCGAGAAUAAAAGCUCGGAUGAGACUACUGCGACCAAAAUCGAGAAUGAGAAGAAACCGAAGUAUACACUGACAGUGCGAGAUCUUGAAUUGGAGCAAGAAUUGAUGAAGUAGAGAUAAAAAAAAAUUAAAAAAAAUUUGAAAGCAGGCAAUCUCGACUAAGUUGCCGGGGUCACGGGACAAAAGGUGAUGUUGAAGUGCUGUUGCUCUGGACAAUUCUUGACGAAGGGAAGCGGAAGGAGUCCGGACACUCUGCGUACUGACACAAGAGCGAGCUGCAGGCGAAGGUUGCGUCCUCCUCUGGCGAAAUCGGCUCGAUCAUGACUCCAACGUUGAAACCUUGUUUGCUGGUCUUCGUGGCACAUGAUUCGUAGCUCUCACAGCCCACAGCUCCUGGUGGGAGUGUGGUGAUGUCGUACCCUAUUUUGUUGUCUCCGUACGAGAACUCAACACCUGCAGCAGGAAACAACAUUUUGUUAAUGAUUAGGAAAGCUAGCAUUGAACAAUUGAACAAUUCCACCUACGUAUAGCUUCAUCGCUCGUGCCGUGUCGGUAUACGGCGCUCUGGUCGAU